AUGCAUGUUAGAGUUAACAUGUUUAAACUCUUACAGAGAGUAACAUACACUCCCAGUCCUUCAGUACACUUACAUGUCAACAAUUUAAAACUGUGUCUCUACCUGUCCAAAACUCCUAAUUUUGUAAGUUUGCAUUUUAGGUAUCAUUUCAAUAUUGAACUCUCUGUCAGACAUACACUGAGUGUACAAAACAUUAGGAACACCUGCUCUUUCCAUGACAUAGACUGAACAGGUGAAUCCAGGUGAAAGCUAUGAUCCCUUAUUGAUGUUAUUUGUUAAAUCCACUUCAAUCAGUGUAGAUGAAGCGGAGGAGAUUUUUAAGCCUUUGAUACAAUUGAGACAUGGAUUGUGUGUGAGCCAUUCAGAGGGUGAAUGGGCAAGACAAAAGAUGUAAGUGUCUUCGAACGGAGUAUGGUAGUAGGUGCCAGGCUCACCGGUUUGUGUCAAGAAUUGCAACACUACUGGGUUUUUUCACGCUCAGCAGUUUCUCGUGUGUGAAUCAAGAAUGGUCCACCACCCAAAGGACAUCCAGCCAACUUGACACAACUGUGGGAAGCAUUGGAGUCAACAUGGGCCAGCAUCCCUGUGGAGUGCAUGCCCUGACAAAUUAAGGCUGUUCUAAGGGCAACUCAAUAUUAGGAAGGUGUUCCUAAUGUUUUGUACACUCAGUGUAUACAUUCAUUAUUAAUGAAGUAACACAAUUAUUUACUGACAGGACUCAUUUGAUGUAAAUGUUAAAUGUAGAAAUGUGAAAGGAGUUCUGUCUCUUUUAUGAUAAUAUUAUCAUGAGUAACUCAUCCAGAAUGCCGCAGCCCGUCUGGUGUUCAACCUUCCCAAGUUCUCUCACGUCACCCAGCUCCUCCGCACACUCCACUGGCUUCCAGUUGAAGCUCGCAUCUGCUACAAGACCAUGGUGCUUGCCUACGGAGCUGUGAGGGGAACUGCACCUCCGUACCUUCAGGCUCUGAUCAGUCCCUACACCCAAACGAGGGCAUUGCGUUCAUCCACCUCUGGCCUGCUGGCCCCCCUCCCUCUGCGGAAGCACAGUUCCCGCUCAGCCCAGUCAAAACUGUUCGCUGCUCUGGCACCCCAAUGGUGGAACAAGCUCCCUCAUGAUGCCAGGACAGCGGAGUCACUCACCACCUUCCGGAGACACUUGAAACCCCACCUCUUUAAGGAAUACCUGGGAUAGGAUAAAGUAAUCCUUCUACUCCCCCCUUACCCCCCCCCCAAAAAAAAAAAAAAAAAUACAACAACAAAAAACAUUGUAAAGUAAAUGACGUAAAUGUAAAUGUAAAUGAGUUGAAAGAGAAAGGCAAACUAACAACUAACGCUCUCAUAGGAAUCAAAUGGGAAAGCUAGCCUAGCAUGAAGCUGCAUGGCUAACAAAAGUUAGCGCUCUCAUAGGGAACAAAUAGGAAAGCUAGCCUAGCAUGAAACUGCAUGGCUAACAAAAGUUAGCGCUCUCAUAGGGAACAAAUGGGAAAGCUAGCCUAGCAUGAAGCUGCAUGGCUAACAAAAGUUAGCUCUCUCAUAGGGAACAAAUGGGAAAGCUAGCCUAGCAUGAAACUACAUGGCUAACACACACAGACACACACAAACACACACACACACACUCAUUCAUGCUGUGUUUGUGUUUCAGAUCUGGAACGACUACAAACUGAGCUGGGCCCCAGUAGAGUUUGAUGGGAUUGAGUUCAUCAGAGUUCCAUCCAACAAGAUCUGGAGACCUGACAUAGUGCUGUAUAACAAGUGAGUCAUGACAUAGUGCUCUAUAACAAGUGAUUUUGCCAUGUCACUUAGCAGAAACUUUAUUUGGGAAAUGCAGAGAUUUUUAGUAUGUGUAUCAGAUCAAUGUUGAUAUUGAACCGACAAAAUUGGUGUUGUGAGUGCCAUGCUCGUACCAACUGAGCCACACAGGACCAAGUACUAAAGUAAGUGCUAAGAGCUAAGCUAUGUGUGUGAAGAGACUCGUACCACUGAGCCAAACAGGACCAAGUACUAAAGUAGAUGAUACGAGCUAAACUAUGUGUGUGAAGAGACUCAUACCAACUGAGCCACACAGGACCCGGUACUAAAGUAGGUGCUAAGAGCUAAACUAUGUGUUUGAAGAUACAUUUUACUGACAUUUAUAUGAACGAUUUCCAUUUUCUAUGGAUUUAAUUUUCUAUUAAUAUCAUAUCCUUUUAAUUUAUUUUGUUUUUAUUCCAAUAUACAUUGCAAAGCAACAAGAUGAAAAUACCCUCAUCACAAAAGACAGCUUUCUCUUCUCAUAGUGUCAGGAUACUAUCCUCCUCUCUUCCCUUGUUUACUUCUCUCUUUCUUACCCUCUCACCUUCCCCAUACCUGCCCUUUCCUGUCCCCCCCCCCCCCCCCCCCCCCCCCGACCCCUGACAGUGCGGUGGGAGACUUCCUGGUUGAAGAUAAGACCAAAGCUCUGUUGAAGUUUGACGGUACAGUCACCUGGGUUCCCCCCGCCAUCUUUAAGUCCUCCUGCCCAAUGGACAUCACCUACUUCCCCUUCGACUACCAGAACUGCUCCAUGAAGUUCGGCUCCUGGACCUACGACAAGGCCAAGAUCGACCUGGUGCUCAUUGGGUCAAAGGUUAGAAGAAUACUUGCACAUCAAGUCCAUUUUCCUGAUACACCAUUUUGUGGUAUAGAGCUAGAAAGGAAUUAUGGGCGUGGUUCAAUUCUUGACUAUGGUAAAACCUUUAAUCUAAGAGUCUCAGUUACUGACUCCGUAGUCCAAAAUUGUGUAAUCCAACCAAGAUGAAUGCAUGUUUAUGAAAUAACUACCCAGAAUCAAGCCCUCAAUAAACCCGAUAUCGCCUACCUCAGGUCAACCUCAAAGACUUCUGGGAGAGCGGCGAGUGGGAGAUCAUCGAUGCUCCAGGCUACAAGCACGACAUCAAGUACAACUGUUGCGAGGAGAUCUACCCAGACAUCACCUACUCCUUCUACAUCAGACGCCUGCCUCUCUUCUACACCAUCAACCUCAUCAUCCCAUGUCUCCUCAUCUCUUUUUUAACAGUCCUGGUCUUCUACCUGCCCUCCGACUGCGGAGAGAAGGUGCGGUGCCUUUCAGGAAGUGUCCACACCCCUUGGACUUUGCCACAUCUUGUUGUGUUGACUGUGUUGAACAUCUUUGUGGUGGUGAACGUUGUCAUGUUGGUGUGUUACAAUCUGUUAUCCAUUAUCACCAGCAUCAAACCAGCAUCUACAGGAUAUAGUAUGUGGAAACGGACAUUUUAUAUUUUAUACAUUCUGCAGUCAAAGAAAUUAAACAAAAUACAAAUUAUUGAUUGCAAAACAUUAUAAAAUGAAGAACUUCUAGAAAUUGUCAGAAUAAUUAUGUAAUUUUCCAAAAUUACAAAUUGUUCUACUUAUUUGAAUAUCAUUUUUCAAUUUUUCAUUGAUCAUUAACAUUUGUAGAAUUCUCUUUUGAUUUUGACAAUAGAAAGUACUUCCUGUCAGUCAGUGACAAAAAAAUCCCAAUGAAAUGCAUUUGAAUUCCAGGUUGAAACACAACAAAAUGUGGAAAAAGUCCAAGGGGGAUGAAUACUUCCUAUAGGCACUGUAAUAAUGUUAUAACAUGUUGCUAUAGUAAUGAAGUAGGGUCCGCCAACUCAAUUCCACCAACACAAAGGCAUGUGUUGGAGAAACUGAGUGUGCAGACCCUACUUCAUAUGCACUGCUGUAAAUUGCUAUGGAUAAAAGUGUCUGCUAAAUGAGACAUAUUAUAUAUUAUAUAAUUAUACUAGUUUUAUUAUAUUUAUUAUUAUAUUAUAAUUAUAAUAUAUAAUUUUUUAAAUCUGCCCAGCACCCAGUAAAUAAGGGGUGUGUACCAUAAUUGGGCACUACAGUCAAUUUGUUGUGUGUUCAGAAUGAGCCACCAUGUGAAAUGUUUGACAAUGUUAGCUACGAUGUGAUUGGUGUGAAAGCUCGGACUGAACCAACCAACGUUCUUUCUGGGUGAUGAUGGUGUUGUUGGCUUAUGUGUCUGUAAUGUACAUGCAAUGGAAUGAAACAAUUGCUUCCUCCUAGGACAAUAACACAUGCUGAGUCUCUUACAGCGUUCAUCUGUCUCUCUGUCUCUCUGUCUCUCUCUCUUUCUCUCUCUCUCUCUCUCUCUCUCUCUCUCUCUCUCUCUCUCUCUCUCUCUCUCUCUCUCUCUCUCUCUCUCUCUCUCUCUCUCUCUCUCUCUCUCUCUCUCUCUCUCUCUCUCUCUCUCUCUCUCCUUUCCCAACAGGUGACCCUCUGUAUCUCGGUCCUCCUCUCCCUCACUGUGUUCCUCCUGGUGAUCACUGAGACCAUCCCGUCCACGUCCCUGGUCAUCCCCCUCAUCGGGGAGUACCUCCUCUUCACUAUGAUCUUCGUCACCCUCUCCAUCGUCAUCACCGUGUUCGUCCUGAACGUCCACUACCGUACACCAAUGACCCACACCAUGCCAGGCUGGGUCAGGUCCGUCUUCCUCAGGUAAAGAGAGAGUAUGGGCUCAACUCUUAGCCCAACUCUUAGCCCAACUCUUAGACCAACUCUUAGACCAACUCCUAGCCCAAUUCUUAGACCAACUCUUAGACCUACUCUAAGCUCAACUCUUAGCCCAACUCUUAGCCCAACUCUUAGAUCAACUCUUAGCCCAACUCUUAGCCCAACUCUUAGACCAACUCUUAGACCAACUCUUAGACCAACUCUUAGACCUACUCUUAGCCCAACUCUUAGCCCAAUUCUUAGACCAACUCUUAGCCCAACUCUUAGACCUACUCUUAGCCCAACUCUUAGACCAACUCUUAGCCCAACUCCUAGCCCAACUCCUAGCCCAACUCUUAGCCCAACUCUUAGACCAACUCUUAGCCCAACUCUUAGACCAACUCUUAUCCCAACUCUUAGACCAACUAUUAGACCAACUUAAUAUUAGGAAGGUGUUCUUACUGUUGUACUAAUUUAUUAUAUAUAUAAUGCACUGAAUUAUUGUUAACUGUUCUGUGUCCGUCAGGGUGCUACCCAGAAUCAUGCUGAUGAGACGGCCCAUAGACCAGGACGGCAAGGCCCUCUGUUCAGACAGCGGGGAGGAGAGAGGAGCAGGAGGAGGAGGAGGAGGAGGAGGAGGAGGAGCAGGAGGAGGAGGGAAAGGAGGAAAGAAGAGGAAGAAUAGUCUGACGGUGGGUCGAUUGGGUGGUUGGUUGGGUUGGUGGGUGGGUGGGUUGAUGUGUGGGUGGGUUGAUUGGUGGGAGGGAGGGAGGGAUUGAUUAAUUGAUCAAUAGAUGACUGAACAGGUUAAUUCAUUCAAUUAUCAAUGUUCCUUUCUGUUGCUCCACGUAGUCCCUGAUCUAAAGCCAGCUAUACAUGUAUUCUCAUAGUGAUAGAGCUUUACAUGUAUUCUCAUAGUGGUAGAGGUUAACAUGUAUUCCCAUAAUGGUAGAGGUUAACAUGUAUUCUCAUAGUGGUAGAGGUUAACAUGUAUUCCCAUAAUGGUAGAGGUUAACAUGUAUUCUCACAAUGGUAGAGGUUAACAUGUAUUUCCAUAAUGGUAGAGGUUAACAUGUAUUCUCAUUGUGGUAGAGGUUAACAUGUAUUCUCAUAGUGGUAGAGGUUAACAUGUAUUCCCAUAAUGGUAGAGGUUAACAUGUAUUCUCAUAGUGGUAGAGGUUAACAUGUAUUCCCAUAACGGUUGAGGUUAAAAUGUAUUCUCGUAAUGGUAGAUAGAGGUUAACAUGUAUUCUCAUAAUGGUAGAGGUUAACAUGUGGGGUAGAUUAAAUACACUGAGUAAGACUUUGGACUCUGGUUUAAGGUUGCAAAAAUCUGGUGACUUUCCUGGAAUCAGGAUCAAAUAAACAGGAAAUCCAGGAAUCCUUCAACUGGGAUUUCUGGAAUCCUUGGGAAUUUGGGGAAAGUUACCAUAAUUUUGCAUCCUUACUCUGAAAAAGACUGUUUGGAGCUGAAUGUUUAUCAUCCUCAUGCCAUUCUAUUCUAUUAUACUCUAUUAUACUAUAUUAUACUCUAUUAUACUCUAUUAUACUCUAUUAUACUCUAUAUACUCUAUUCUAUUCUAUUCUGUUAUACUCUAUUCUAUUAUACUAUAUUCCAUUCUAUUAUAUUAUACUCUAUUAUACUCUAUUCUAUUAUACUCUAUUAUACUCUAUUCCAUUAUACUCUGUUAUACGCUAUUCCAUGAUACAAUAUUAUACUAUAGUCCAUUCUAUUCUACUAUACUCUAUUCUAUUCCAUUAUAUUAUACUCUAUUCCAUUAUACCCUAUUAUACUCUAUUCUGUUCUGUUCUAUUCUAUUCUAUUCCAUUCUGUUCUACUCUAUUCCAUUCUAUUCUAUUAUACUCUAUUCCAUUCUAUUCUACUCCAUUCUAUUCCAUUCUAUUCUACUCUAUUCCAUUCUAUUUCAUUCUAUGAUAUUAUACUCUAUUCUAUUCUAUUCCAUUCUAUUCCAUUAUAUUAUAUUUUUCUUCCAUUCCAUUCAAUUCCAUCCUACUCCAUUCUAUUCUACUCUAUUCCAUUCCAUUCCAUUCCUUUCUAUUCUACUCUAUUCCAUUCCAUUAUAUUCUAUUCUAAUCUCUCCUACUCUAUUCCAUUGCAUUCUAUUCUAUUCCAUUCCAUUUUCUUCAAUUCCCAGCAGGGCGGGAACUGCCUGGAGUUCGCAGACAACAAACUGACUGACAGAGGAUGUGGAGAAAGAGGGGGUAAGAAGUGCCCUUGCCCCUGCCAACAUGGGAAGGAGACCCCAGAGACAGCGGAUCCGGGGAAACUGAGCCACCAGCUAAGUCCUCAGAGCAUCAACACGGUGGUGGCCUACUCCGUCCUGUCCCCGGAGAUUAAACAGGCCAUCGAGAGCGUCAAGUACAUCGCCGAGAAUAUGAGGAGCCGCAACAAGGCCAAAGAGGUGAGUGGCAAGCUAGUGUUAGCGUGCAAUUUUAGAAAUACAUUAGUUUUAGCUUAAUUAACAAUAAAUAGCUUUAGCUUCAACGAGGCCGAAGAGGUGAGUGGGAGGACCUGCAAGUUACCUUUGUUGGAGUUCAAUGGAGAAAUACAGUAGGUUUAACUUUGGGUUAACACCAACUAGCUUUAGCUUUAUCAGGCCAAAGAGGUGAGCGCCAUUUUGUCGGUCAUUUAGCAAAUGCUUUUAUUCAGAGUGACUUACAAUACAGCAAAAGAACAAGGCCAAAUAGGUUAUAGGGUGGGCUAGAGUUGGUGUAUAUGUUAGCUUUGUUAGUGCACAAUGGGGAUAUAGGUUCAGCUUUGACUAAAAACAAAUCGCUUUUGCUUCAAAAAUGCCAGGGGUGAGUGGGCGGGCUACCAUUAGCUGCUAGCAUUAGCUUUGUUAGCGUACAAUGGAGAAAUACGUUUAACUUCGGCUAACAACAAAUAUCUUCAGCUUCCGCUAAUGACAAGGUCACGCAAGGACAAUGAUGUGACUGGGUGGGCAAGCAUUAGCGUACAGCAUAUGUUAGCUUCGUUAGCGCAUAAUAUAGAAAUAGAUUUAACUUAGGCAAACAACAAAUAGCAUUAGCUUCGGCUAACGAUAAAUAGCUUUAGCUUUAACCAAGGCCAAGAAGGUGUGUACCGUUAGCCUAUACAAAGCUCUGUUAGCGUACAUUGAAGGAAUAGUUUUAUCUCGUCCUGAGUCAUCAUAACAAACACUGUGUUCACUACUCUGCUUCUCGGGAAACUCGCCCAAUGUUAGUUGAUACUCCCUUGUUUAUAAUAUCAACCAAGUGGAGCAUUGUUGGGUGGAACACUGUUUCACAUCCGUAAUGAAUUUUAAAAAAGUUAUCUCGCUGUACGAUACAAGAGAAAAUAGUUACAAGACUUUAGUGAAAAAAUAAGUCCCUUGUUCUUUGUGUUGUCUUCUGUAAACACAGAGGUUGAACUCUCCCCUUGGGGGGAAAGAUGUCUUUGAUAUGUAAAGUACUUCUCUUCUCAAUCAGCUUUGUCAGGCUGACUGUCUGCUUCUGACACUCUGGUGUGUGUGUGUGUGUUUGAUUCUGACACUGAUGAAUACCAUUACCAUAGUAAUGUUCUAUCAGUCAGUUACAGUACGGGAACGCUUCCACCAGUAGUCAACUCUGUUUUCUCUUUUUUUCUUCUCAUCCUCUAUUUCUCUUCCUCACUUUUUACCCUCCUCCUUCCUUCAUGGUCCAACAUCAUGUCCCCCCCAAACUACAUCCCACCUUCCAUCAAACUGGUUUUUUCUCCUUCUCUCCUCCCCCUAUCUGUUCUCCUUCUCUCCUCCCCCUAUCUGUUCUCCUUCUCUCCUCCCCCUAUCUGUUCUCCUUCUCUCCUCCCCCUAUCUGUUCUCCUUCUCUCCUCCCCCUAUCUGUUCUCCUUCUCCCCUCCCCCUAUCUGUUCUCCUUCUCCCCUCCCCCUAUAUGUUCUCCUUCUCUCCUCCCCCUAUCUGUUCUCCUUCUCUCCUCCCCCUAUCUGUUCUCCUACUCUCCUCCCCCUAUCUGUUCAUCUAUCCCCCCCCCCUUCAUUUACACAUGACUUCUCUCUUUUCUGUCUCCACUUAUUUUUUCUUAUUUUCAUUGCUGUAUCAUUCCCUCCCUCUCUCUCUCCCUCCCUCCCUCCCUCCCUCCCUCCCUCCCUCCCUCCCUCCCUCCCUCCCUCCCUCUUAGGUGGAGGAUGAUUGGAAGUAUGUUGCCAUGGUGAUAGACAGGAUCUUCCUGUGGGUGUUUGUGACGGUGUGCAUCCUCGGAACCCUCGGCCUCUUCCUGCAGCCCGUCAUUGGCUUCCUGUCAUAACCCAAAACCAAUCAGGGCUCGCAGACGCCACCGGCUGCCACCACCUCUCGACCAAUCACCAAUCAGUGUUGUCAGUCCAUCACCACCAAAUGGACUCGUUGGCUUUGUGUUGAAAAUUCGAAGUAAAUCAAUUACACAAUCAUACUGUAUAUACUGUGGACACCAACAACCAAUCAACAGUCACCAAUCGGAGUCGCCGGGUGUGAGUCAGAACCAAGAACUAAUCAGAGUCGCCGGGUGUGAGUCACAACCAAUUACCAAUCACAUAAAUCAGGUUCCUGUCAUAACCAAUCCCGGUUAUUGUGCUAUUGUGUCUCAACCAAUCAGAUUGCCAUGACACAGAGCCUUCUUGUCCAAGAAAACAACAACCAACCAAUCAGAGAUCCCGUUCUUGCCUGGUGAGGCGAUUAGAAUCCAUCCAUGUGAUUUAGAACACGACAACCACGUUGUUCUUAUCAAUGUUCUAGUAGGUAUAAUUGGCAAGGCCUCUGUAAAUACAUACCGGAUGAAAUUAGCCGGAACGGUUUCCAUACAGAAAUAGCAGCUUCCUCUUCAGAUAUUAAUUCAUCUAAAGGGAUCUCUAUCAUCCGAUUCCAUGGCUAUUCAUUUGUGUUUUUUAUUCAUCAUGUUUUAUUAACUUUCCCGAUUCAACGAUCUCCUGAAAUACAAUACAUAGAUAACGCAUGAUGGAUUUAGAAUUGGUGCGUCCCAAUUGGCACCCUAUUCCCUACGUAGUG